CUUCUGGGUUGCAUUAGGUCAUUUCUUUGCACGGCCCUGGUGGACACGAAUGUGGAUUAUACAAGAGAUUGUCCUGGCAAGGGACGCGAUUCUUGUCUGUGGCCGUUGGUACGUGAGUUGGGUUCGACUCUGUAAGGCGACGCCUGUGUUAAUGGAUAGUUCUACCGACGAACUUUCCGAGGCAACCCUUGUCACAGGAGAGUUUCGCCAUUUCCAUGCAGCCCUACAAGGUAUUGGCUUACUCAAAUGCUUAAAGAUAAUCAAAACUAGAAUGAAGUUUGGUCAAGAUCCGACCGGGACCAGCUCGCUAGAGAAGUGCGUUUUGUCUGCACUUCUAUAUGUCGGAAGAAACUACGAAGCCACCAAGCCACUAGACAAAGUUUAUGGAAUCUUAGGGCUUCUUCGCGGAUUUGGAGUCACCCCGCAGCUAGAAGUCAGGUAUAAUUAGACGGAGUGUGACCUUUAUAUGCGCACCGCGGAAUUGAUAUACGGAGAAGAAAAUCUCAACUUUCUUGGUUUAAUCGAGGUAAAUCGCUCUAUUGAUCAGAAGAGAGGGUUCGACUUGCUUUCCUGGGCUCCAGACUUUACUAUUCCUAUAAAUUAUUUGUUAAUAUUCCGCAGCAUGCGAUACGCACCGAUAUGGUCAGAUAAGACUGAGGUUUCACGAGAGCUCUCAGGAACAUUCACCUUUACUGGGGACUCCCAAAGCUAUUGCAAGUUUGACCUAAAGGCGAAAACUAUUACCGUCACGGGAUUUCGAGUGGACACGAUUCAAAGAAUCGAAAUACGAUUCGUGAACAUCAUACCAAACUUCAAGGCGGACCGUGCUGUAAGGUAUGGCAAGCGCAUAUGUUGGCUCCCGCCUGACGAAACAGAAGAAUCUAAACUUGAGGAAGUCUGGAAUUCUUUCUUGGGUCACAAUCCUACUCAAUCUCAAGCUUGGGUUAGCGCUGAAAAGGUUGGCAUUGAAGGCAGCUUUCCACUACCUCAUGUGAAUCCGUAAUGCUUCCAAAUAGCGAAGAUGGGAUUAUAUGGUGUCACAGACGCGGCUAUCUAUAUAAAUGAUCAUAUCUGUAGGCUGCUGGGGCUUGGUGUACCGUGUAUCUUGCGCCGGCGAGAGAACUCGUGGCGUUUUGUGGGUUUGAGUGGUGUAACUGAUUUUGAAAUUAUGCAAGGGCGUCUUAUAGAAGGGCUAAAGACCGGGUUACUUUCUCUGGAAAAAUUCGUAAUUGGAUGAAUAAGGGAAGAAGAAUGUUGAAUGGGAGAAACACAGCACAUUCCCCUUGAAUAUGGGCGUCGCUUAGAAAGUCCUGUGGAAUAAUAUUGGAAGAUCUUGGGAUGGACACGUACUUAUUCUACCAAAAUUUUAAGGACCUAGAC